CCCUGUGAAGCGAUGACCAAGGUCAGUGACACUUUAUGGGAUCUUGCUAUAGCUGAAGUGGAGAAGAGAGAAAACACUUACAGUGAUGACAAGAGUGUGGAAGUUUGGGAAAAGUCGAUAUUAUUUAUGGGAAACAAAAAUGGGGGGAAAACUACUAUUAUACUGAGGUGUCUUGAGAGGGAAGAGAUUCCAAAGCCAACAUUAGCCUUGGAAUAUACUUUUGGAAGAAGGGUGAGGAGACACAAUGCACCUAAAGAUAUUGCGCAUUUUUGGGAACUAGGUGGUGGAACUUCAUUACUGGACCUGAUUCAAAUACCAAUCACUAACAACAACAUAAACUCAUUUGCUGUGGUUCUUGUAUUGGAUCUGUCCAAACCUAAUGAACUCUGGACUACUAUGGAAAAACUUCUGCAGGUCACCAGGCACCACGUGAACAAAAUUUUGACCAAAGUAGAAAAGACAAGUCCUGAAGUAGCUACUGAAAUUAAACAGAGGGUGGAGAACAAUCUGCAGAAGGAUCAUCCAGAUUAUGAAUUAAUUGAUCCUUUUCCAAUACCCUUGGUGAUAAUUGGAAGCAAAUAUGACAUUUUUCACGAGUUUGACUCUGAAAUGAGGAAAAUAAUAAGCAAGACACUUCGAUUUGUUUCGCAUUAUUAUGGAGCAUCAUUAGUGUUUACCAGUAAAUCUGAGGCUCUCCUGCUGAAAGCCCGUGUUCUUAUUAAUCACUUGGCAUUUGGCUAUGAUAAAAGCAAGUCUCUAUCAGUGGAUCACAGCAAACCCCUCUUUAUACCAGCAGGCCUGGAUUCCCUGAGCCAAAUAGGACCUCCACCUGCCUCUGACAGUGAUAUUGGAAAGAUGCGUGCAAAAACACCUUUGGAGCUGUGGAAAAAAGUAUUUGAGGAAACAUUUCCUCCCAAGAGUUUCUGUGAUUUACAAGAUACCAAGGACCCUGCACAGGAUUUACAAUAUGCUGAGUGUGAAGUUGAUGUCACGAGAGCUCAGAAAAAACAGGUGUGUGGUAGCUGUUCAACUGCUAUCCAGAGUCAGGAACUUGAACACUACAGAAGAAAUGGCUCUAAAUCCUGGAAAGAAAUGGAUUUUGACUCUGAAGUGUUCUAG